UGCUCCUAUGUAUAUUCCUGUUCCUAUGCAUAUUCCUGUUCCUAUGCAUAUUCCUGUUCCUAUGCAUAUUCCUGUUCCUAUGCAUAUUCCUGUUCAAUGGCGCAAAAAUGAGGACGACGGUGAAUGGUCAAGUGAAGAGCGAAUUAAACGUGGGAGUGGCCGGAGUAACGGCAAAAAAAAAAACGGACAACUUGAAUUGAAAAAACCAAGCUUGCUAGGCGUAUCCACCUACCGUACUACCGUAGAGGGUACAAUACCAAGUGAUACUUGAUUAUUUUCUCGUAGUUUGGCUCAAGUGAUUUUUUUAAAAAAAAUAUCAUUUUAUUGCGCGCGGUUUGGUGGGUGGGUGGGAGCACUUGGAGAGCUAUUUAUGGG